UUAGGAAAGGUUAGAGCAGCCAAUCAGAACGAUUGUGUCUUGCAGUGAUUGAAAGAGUUGUGACGGAUUCGUUUUAAGAGCUGAGCUGUGAUAGGACGAGAGCGCGGUUAUUAUUAGUGAGCGUAUUAUGGCGCCGUGGUAUCGAUGAUUUGAGAGAGAAGAAGAGCGAUGAGCAUCGCUAGCCUUCAUGUCCGCCUGUCUUAGCGGCCUAGCAUUACACGUGGUUCCGGGUAUAGUGUGUCUCGAUCUCAUGAUGACGAUUACAGCUACUUGAAGGUGGAGUCAAUUGGUUUAAGAGGACCUCCAAUCAUUGUCACUGAUGCAUUCCGGAGCGGUAUUACUCCAUGAUCGCUUCACUACAAUCACUCGCUCUCUCCGACCCAUUUCUGUUUCCGUUACUCAUUCAUUCAGACUUUUAGCGCUUCUUCUCCUUUUCCCCUCUCUAUAGCGCAUCUUCGGACUUUUUACAGCAGUUGUCAUUUUCAAAACGAAGCAAUCGAUUUUCUGUAACCUUGCUUUCGCCUUUUUUCUCCCGCCGACUCGUGUUUAUCGCAAAUCUCGAAUAGAAAUUAAUUGUAUUCUUAAAUGAAAGAGCGGGUUUUCAUGAUGGAAUCUUCUAAAGCAUUCACCAUUGAUGCGCUCCUUUCAAAGGAGGUUUCGUCAGGUUGGAAGACGAAAUCCCCGAUGAACUCACCUCCGCCUCUGGAUAGAAGCAGUCCUCUAAGCCCGCUACCAGUUCAACCACACCCCUCCCGUUUAUCUAUGAUGGACCGUGCACUUGGGGCCACACCCUUAUCGCACCCUUCUGCAGGCGGUGGUAUUGGUGGAGGUAACCACCACGCCCUUCAAGCAAGAGGGAUGCACACUGGAAGCUUGGUCCCCAAACCAGGACUCCUUGGUUUUCAUCCACCUGUUUCCGGCAUGGCGCCUAACGCCUCCGUGGUUCCAGCCAUCUACUCGCACCCACUGUACGCCGGGCUGUUUGGCGGCCAGCAUCAUGCACAAGCCGCACAUCAUCUCAGUGCUUUUCGAGCCGCAGCAGCAGCGGCGGUCGGUGAGCAUGGGGUACGGAGCGGCCACCCGCUAUCUUCUUUCUCUGUCGACUGGUUUCGUAACGGCGUCAUGCUGCCCAGAUUCGGAGACUUUGCAGGAGGUUUUGGUCCAAACCCUCCCACAAUCCUUGGAAAGACACGGCGCCCUCGUACGGCCUUCACAAGUCAACAACUCCUAGAGCUAGAGCAACAAUUUCGCAAGAACAAAUACCUGUCACGACCAAAGCGAUUCGAAGUGGCUACAUCCCUCAUGUUGACAGAGACACAGGUCAAAAUUUGGUUCCAGAACCGCAGGAUGAAAUGGAAGCGAAGCAAGAAGGCCAAGGACACGCCAACGCAAGAACGGAACUCCAACAAAGACUCUACCGACUCCAUCACGAAGUCCUCCGAACUGUCUACAAUAAAAACCGAACCAUCUUCGGCAGACGUUGAUACGAGCGUUUUACUAAAAGGUGAUCAUCUACACGACAUCGACAGAGAGGAACUAAACUACGACGACGACGAUGAUCUCGCGAUGGGAGAUGCUGACGAGGACGAGGAGGAGGAAGAUGACAUGGACGAUGACAUGAAAGUCCCAGAAAUGUGUGAUCCUCGAGAAUUGUCGCAUAAUAUGUUUACGUCAGAUCGUAUGACGUCAUCGCCUCCGAGACUCGUCAACAGUCAUUUGCUAGAAAUAGUUCGUUAGUACAUGGAACACUUGAAAUGAUUACAAGCUGCAAAAAGGAGCACGAAGAAAUGUGACAGUAGUGGUUUUUAUUAACAAACUCUGACGUCUCAAAGUACAAACAGACAAUUUACUAGCAUUCAUACCCAAAUUAUUUUUCGUGGAGCAAACCCCCUAAAGGAACAUUCGCCCCCGAUGGAGUUGUUUUAAAGUUUCUACGAUGAGCAAAAUCUAGUUUCGGAGUUCUCAAUGUCAAAAACAAAACUAUCUAUCCAGAAUAAAUAGAUAUGUUGGUGAACAAGAAUAAAAACCAAGAGAUGUAUCUGUUUUCAACGAUUUUCGCAUUGACAGUAGUCCAAUUAAAAAGGUGUGUGCAGUAUUUAUCUAUUGUGUCCAUUUCUGUCUGUCUGUCUCUAUUCCUCUCUCUCUCUCUUUUUUUUUUUUCUUUCUAAAUUUCUCAUUCUCCUUCUCUUUUUUCAUUCUUCUUUUCUUCGGCAUCCUGCAAUAACUAUUUCCAUCUAUUUCCCUCGAAUAUCAAUACAUUGUUGGACGUUCUACCACGAUCUUCUUAUUUGACGGUGUUUUUCAAUAUGAAAUGAAUGUCUAAUGGACAUUGUUCAUAUUUUGGUUUUAUGUUAAUUAGGCUUCACAUUGAGCGAAAUAGAUCUGUGCUUUUAGAUAAUACUGAUUGCAACACAUGAUAACCAAUUCUAAAUUAUUUUUGAUAAAAUUAAAUAGAAUAAUAUACAUUGAAAUCUGUUUUUAACAUCUCAAAUUGAGGCGACAUUUCGUUUCCUUAACUGCGUAAUACGAAUAUUCAUGUCUAAUAAUUUCUUCUAAAAAGAAAGCAAGACAUUGUUUUUUGCUGUAUCAUUUUAUGGCAGAUUUUUUGCCCAAAGUUAUCAUCGGUGCUUCAGUGUAUUAUUCUUCAUAGUGUCACGUACUAAAGUUAAACAAGUCUUUUGUAGCUUUGUGGUUUUUCUCAAGGAAACCUAUGUGCACCAUUAUAUUUCAAUAUUUUAUAUUUUUUACAUUAUGUUCUGUGAAAUGGUUACAGAGACUGAUAUUAAAAACUAAUAUAUUACAUUACAACACUGAUCUAUCUAAAAAAAAAAAAGUAUUAAAAAUAACACUGCUGGGGAA